AUGCCUUUUUUCAAAGAUCUGCGCAGGCGAUCCAAGGCCAGCUUCCGGACCUCCGACUCCUCAACAGAUUCCAAUGGUACGGUACCAACUGCGAAAUCUUCGUCUACCUUGAACUCCGUACGAGGCAGUACAACGCCGCCCUCGACAUAUCAUGCCAAUGGCUCCUCCUCAAAUGUGCUGGCAACAGCAAAGACAAAUGGUGACAGUCCGCCGCCCGUCCCUCAACGGCCGAGCGUUAUGCUACCGAGCCCCUCGAAUCGGAACAGCAUGAUAGCGCUGUCGCCAUCAGGUUCGAACGGUACAAUACGAUCCCCUCUGCCUACCUCUGCAUACGCUCCCAAAAUCACGUCAAUCUUGGACGGCUCUGUGGUCUACAAUAAAGUGCUCUUAAUUAAUGGCGAGAUCGGAGACCCGAACACGAAAGCCUUGGACGGUAAUCUGACUGUUCAUCACGAUAAGGACGGGCAAGCCUUUGCACCCACCAACUGGCCAGUAUCAGGCUCGUAUUUCAAGGCUCUCGUCUGCCUGUCCCCCGGAUGGAACAGAGUACGAUUCGACUUCACCUCACCCAAACUCAGUUCCGUCAGCAGCGCCUCCUCUGCCACAGCACACAAUUCCUACAUCAUGCUGAACUAUUUACCCUUGAACAGUGCCCCGCCAUUACAGCUAGUCAUCCUUGCAGGCAAGGAUUCACCCUGCACAUACGAUGCAGUCCCUCAACGCAUAGAAAAUGAAGGCAACGACCUCAACACGGCCAUCAGGAAAUUUCGAAUGGCCGCUCACUUGUGGCAGGCUUUCACAGCUGAACAAAUGUACAGACAAAAGUUCGGUCGACGAUGCUUCAGGUUUGAGGAAGAGUGGCAGACUGGCACACUUUCCAUGCGUGAUUGGGAAACAGGCCAGAUGAAGAACGAGACCAGGGUCCAUGUCGUACGAUCGGAGAAAACCACUGCAGAACUGCGCGAUUUGCAGCGUGCACAGCAACACGCACCGGCCGAGAACAAGGGUGAUCUUUACUCAAUUGCUGCAGAUGCGAUCAAGAAAUAUUUCAAUAUCCGACCGGGUCAGAAGCAGUAUGUGGCUUGCCUCCUGCUGGACUCGCAUUGGGAUCCGGAAGCCAACACGAUACUUGGUCACGCUGCAUUGGGUGGCACUGGAGAUGAUCUCGGUCUGGCAAUCUUCGGCUCUCACGCCUUACAGAGUUAUCCUUCUUGCAUCGAAGAGGUUGUGCCGGCUUUCAUGGAUUGCACCAAGACAGACACCCAGUUCGUGGCAAACGACUGCAACGAGUCUGGUAGCAGCUGGGAGGCUGCCAACAUCGGCAUUGGUGCGCAUCUACACGAGGUUGGCCACUUAUUCGGCUGUCCACAUCAGGAGAAUGGCGUUAUGCUGAGAGACUAUGUGCGACUCAAUCGAACUUUCGUAGUUCGAGAGGCAUACUCAACAAGAACCAAGUCGCCAGGACUCAAAGUCUGUCGUCAGGAAGACGAAUGUGCUUGGCAUCGACUGGACGCGUUGCGGUUCAGAUACCAUCCAUGUUUCAGGCUCCCAAGCGAUGAACCUCUAGCCCAGGACGACAGCAUACAGUAUUUCCCUGUUGGCAACGGAAAGGUCAUCUGUUCAGCGCCAACAGGUAUUGCGUUUGUUGAGCUCUGGACCGAAGGCGAUGACCUGUGCCGGCAAUUUGUUGAUUUUGCCAGCGCCGAUCCUCGCUAUAGCAGCAUACCACGACAAGUGACGCUGUCGGAGAGUGAUCUACGCAGUCGCCUUCCAGAAGACAAGAAGAAGUCCAAGUUGUCCCUGGAGAUUUUCUGCGGCGGUUCGCGGAAAGAGAGGAUUGAUGAUCUGGAUGACUUUUUGUCCAAGAAGAACAUCGUCAAUCUUCCGCAGGUCAGACAAGCACCCAAACGGGAUGAGGGAUUGACGAUGAACGCCUACAACAACAUGCUGGGACUCGGCAAGUCCUUCGACUCGCGUGUGGGCUUCAAAAGCAAGAAACUGGGCCAUUCGAAACUGGAAGGAUCCCAGCCAGAAGAAUUGAUACUGGAAAGCACUCACCUGCAAACCAAACUCUUGACCUCCGUCAAGUUCUAUUCUGGCUAUGCACUUGACGGAAUCGAAUUCUGCUACGAGGACGGACACAGCCAAUUGUUUGGCAAGAGAGGUGGUAAGGCGGGAGGUGAUGAAUUUUUCCUUGAUACUCGUCGUGGCGAAACCAUCCUCGGCUUCUAUGUCCGAGCUGGGUUCUGGGUCGAUGGUAUCGAAAUAUUGACGAGCAUCGGACGAAGGUCUGGUGUCUAUGGAAACGCUUCAGGAGGUUCAGGUCAUACCUUAAUGGCUCCUCGGGGUUACUCGCUUGCCGGCAUUGCAGGCACUUGCGGAGCAUGGAUAGACGGUUUUCAGAUCAUCAUUACGCGAUAA